CAUGUGUCGCAUUAUCUAUCAACUGUAUAUGACGCAAAACUGUUUAAACAAAUGGUCAGGUGGCCAAUCUUGUGUAAGAAAGACGAAGCAACAUAUCGCGUCGAGAUGAAAAACUUCCUGUGCCUGUUAUCACAAGACAAUCCUGAUCUUAAUUUCCCGACGAUACUAAUGUCCCAUUUGAUCCAGUCGGCAGGAACCAAGUUUCAAACUAUUAUGUGGAAGCUAUCGCAACUCGCUCUCAAGACCUAUAUCAAAAGAGAUCUUCAAGGAGAAUUGUUGAACGCCCCAUGUAUAAGCCCAGUGCAAGAUUUAGCGAUAAAGUACUUCAAUAAUAUAAUUGUGGAAAAAUGCAAAGUUGUAACGGAGACUCGCAAGGAGACGGAGAAGAUAUUGGAUGCUGCAAAUAAUUUUCUGAAUGACGAGAUUGAAAGAUUAAAUACAUAUAAAUCAGAGAUUUUCGAUAGAAGAGAGAAUAUAAGAAGGAUGGUCCCUGAUCUGCCAGCUCAUCCGUUAGUUCAAAAGCAACUGAUGAACGUCGAAGAUUCCAAUAUCACAAACUUAUGGAAAAGAAGCAUUUUGAAGAAAGUCCAAUAUAUACUUAAAAAGAACCAGGAAUUCAAAGAAGUAGAGAAAUCCUUUGAUCGUUUGUGCAAACUUGUACUAAGAAUAAACUCGAAUUCUAGGACGCUCGACGCAAAUGAAUUUCCCGAAAUUUUCUGUGAUAAUUGUUUAUUAUAUACGCAAUCUGAGGCGCAGUCUAAGCAUUUAAUCCACAACUUACAUGCGAAUGGCUCCAUUGUGUUCAACACUUUGUUGUCGUUGCUGUAUUUGAUAGUCACGGAAAUCCGUCACGAAAGCAUCGCCGACCUCUCCGAUCUAUCGCAGUGUCUACCGUCCAUUCAGAGUGCUUGCAAAAAGAUGAAAUCUCUGCGAACGCUAUUCAGCGCACUGAACACGAGAAUCGGCGGUAUAUGCAGGAAUGAGCAAUGUGCGGUGUCUCGAGAAAUUAAAAAUGUUUACAUCGACUUCGACGCGAGCAAUGUACCAUGUGUAAACCGCUAUAUCUUAUUGCAAUCUCCGAAGAUUAGUUUCAACCUCGAUCAGAGCACGGACGAUAAACUUUUUUACGAGAGAUUGUGUUCAUCUCCGGUGGAAGGCAAACACCAACAUUUGUUUAGGAGGUACAAGCAUAAGUAUCGUCCGUUGCGCGAGCUACCUGCACCCCUGUUGGACUUUAGUAGUUCUUGGAACAAUAUGAGCGGAUGGCUGUCUCCCCGCGCACACUCCGUCAAGUGUGAGCAAAUCUUGGUCAAUGGAAAACCGCUUUCGCCCUUGUACUCUCGAUUGCUGCAGCAUUCCAAAGCGUGUGCGCUUUCAGGACACGCGUCGCGUAGCCCGGGCACGAAUUACGAGGGAUUGAACCUAACACCGAGGAAACGUCCCUCAAGAACGGGGCAUCUCACAACGUACGGCAGAAUAAGAAAUCUUUUUUAAUCCCUUUUUUAAUCGUGAAACCGUUCUCGUUACACACAUCCUCAAAUACGAAGAAUUAACGAGAUGCGCAACUGAUUCGACAAGAAUUCAUGAUAUUGAUAUUAGAAGAAAAAUUGAUAAUAAUGCAUUUUUUUAAGUUUUGACAAAAUUAAUUGCUCAAACUUACUGUUAAUAGCGUUGAUCUAUAUAUUUAAGGCAUAUGAUAUUUAUUUCAUUUUCUAUCUUAUUGUUUGCCUGGUACUCUACAUUUAAUAACGGCUAAAGGACAAUGUUAGGCAUAGAUCGAUAUAACAUAUUUAUAAAGGUACAUAUUAUAUA